AUGGACGGAUUCAACCAUCAGCCCCCCCCACCGGCCUACCAGGAGAUUCAGUGGCUCGCCGACACGUUCGUGGCCUUCAUGGGUGUCGGCUGGCUCAUCAACUACGGCGCCAUGAUCCGAGCCUCGUACGAGGGCAAGACGUACAGCAUGGGAAUCAUCCCGCUCUGCAACAACAUCGGCUGGGAGCUCGUCUACACCUUCGUUUACCCGUCGGCCAACAAGGUCGAGCUCGCCGUCUUCGCCGCCGGCGUGACACUCAACUUGGUCAUCAUGGUGGCCGCGACGCGCGCCGCCAGAGCCGAAUGGGGCCACUCGCCCCUGGUUGCCAACCACACACCCCUCAUCUUCGCCGCCGGUGCCAUGCUGUGCUUCGCCGGCCACGUUGCGCUCGCGGCCGAGAUUGGACCUGCCCUAGCUUACUCGUGGGGUGCCGUCAUCUGCCAGCUCACGUUGAGCGUCGGCGGCCUUUGUCAGCUGCUGCAGCGAAACAGUACCAGAGGCACAUCGGUGACACUGUGGCUGAGUCGCUUUCUCGGCUCCUGCUGCACCGUUGGCUUCGCUUCCCUCCGAUGGCGGUACUGGCCGGAAGCGUUUGGGUGGCUAGCGAGUCCGCUAGUGCUCUGGAGCUUGGCCACCUUUCUCCUCUUCGACCUGACCUAUGGCGUAUGUCUCUUUCUGGUGUUGCAGGCUGAGACCGACGUGUCGACAAAGGGCCGGCUCAAGGUGGAGUGA